GCAUAAGUGAGUUCUUUGUAUCAGUUUGUCUGUUCAGCAGACAAUAUAGAACUUUAGCACCAAGUUAUUUGAAAAUCCUUGGUCCACAUCCUAACUGGCAUAGAAACCUUCAAUUAUGAUGUCCAAUUCUCUGGAGAACUAGAAGCAGUGCGGGGUUAGAAGGGGUGGGGAAAAAAUACUUUCUGAAAUCCUGCUGCUUCCCCAUCCCCACCCAACAUGUUUUUGUAUUUAAAAAAGAAAGAAAAAAAAAAAGUCUGAAGAACUCCUGCACCAGUUGACUAACUCCUUCAAUUAAAGGAAGUGCUAAGCAGCACAAUCCAGUCCAACUUACCUCAAAUUAGAUUUUUAUAAAAACUCUGUGUGUAUACAAGUUAAUUAUUACUUUCAGUCACAUUUGUACCAUGUACUUCCUUACCUAAACCCAUGACUUUAUGUCCAACAGCAACAAUUGCCCAGAUAUUUACCCAAGCUACUUUCUAUAGCUCCAGACAUUAUAAGUUUCCAAUCUCAUUUUGUGGCCUCCCAGCUACAGAGGUCAGCUUAAGAACUGCAGCUUUCCUGAUAGCAUCCUCUGACAGGUUUCCAAAGCUAAGGUUUAAACAAAAAUAUGCUUUCAGAGAAUAUUAGGCUGUCAUUCUGGGCUGCUCUUUGUGGGUACUGGGGGAAAAACAAACAUAAGAUUUUUAGUAUUUCAGUAAGCCUACAAAAGAAGUCUUUCCUUUUACCAGUUAACACAACUAUAGCUAUCACUGCAUAUAUCACCACAUAUGGAGUUUCCCAAGAAACACAUCCUACAAGGUCCUUCAGUUCCAUUUGUGUUUUUAUGAUCUAUUCUCAAGGUGAUGUUUAAACAGAUGUUUCAAAUAAGAUGCGUGGGAGACUAAGUCACAAGAGAUGGAUUUUGCAAGGAUAAAACCCUGGUCUCGCAUGAGAUAUCCAUCACUAUCCUGCAUAUUGCAACCUUUUUUCCCUGAACUGAGUAGCCAUGAGCUUUCAUCACACACUUUCCCACUGCAGACUUCACUCACAGCUCCUCAUGCAGAAGAGAGCAUCUGCUGAAACUUUCGCACUGAGAAACACCAUCCACCAACCAACAUAUUCCUAUGAACGUGAUUGAACCAGAACACAAUUAUAUGACAGGCAUCAGCAACUUGUUUUUUUCCUACAAUUAUAAAGAUUCAGACACAAUGGAAACAAGCAAUACACUUGUAAGUUAGCUAUGGCAUUUAGAACAGCGUCAUAGCUAUAGAUAUAAAAGAAGGUUAUGUGCCAGAUAAAUUUAGCUAGAGUUCCCCAAAACAGAUUUGAAGCCAUAUUUUGUGUUCAGCAUUACAGCUACGUACCUACUUUCUACCAGGCUACUACUUUCAACUCCUUAGCUUUAUAAAAAUAGGGAACAGGGAAACAGUGAAAAGCACAGUGUGUGUUAGUUGUCUAUCCCACAUCAGAAGCAGUAACAGUCCCCAGAGCCUGUAAGCUAAGGGUUUACCUAUACCCAGCAUAACUAUCAAAAUAGUAAUAUCAUAGACCAGCCUUCCGUUAGGAAUAAAGGGAGAGGAAAAAUAAACAGCAGAGUUCACAAGGUGGUGUUUGUGAAAGGGGUAUUGCUGUGGUUGCCUGCAGGGGCAGAGUAUGUGCGGCCAUGACCCAGAAGGGAUUUUCCCCUGCACAGCACAAAGACCAACGUGCCCCCAGAAGGAUAUAGACUUCACUAAACUGUGUCUUUUUAAACCAAGAGAUUGCACAGCAGGAAGCAAAGUGAACAAACCUACCCCACACCCAGAAGUUUAACAUUUAACACAAGAGUCACUCACAUGUAUAAUCUUGUAAUACAAAGAGGAAAACCACAUGCAAGCUUUUAUGAAUCCAGAUUGCCAGUAGAAAAUAAAUACUCAAUGUUUUACUUAAACUGGCUUAAUAAUAAGCUUUCUGCAUGCUAGAAGCUUGGAGUAAGUGUCUCAGAAUUGAUUUUUUCUACCACUGUUUUUGUAAGUAACAACAUUUAUUUUAAUGAACAUGACUUUGGUCACAGGAAUAGUUUUGAAAAAAAGAGAGAAAAAAAAGUAAGAAUCCAAACACAGUUUUUAAGAAGAGAAGUGACUGCUUUUCUUAUUAUAUCUGAUUUAAAAAAUUUACUCCAGGAAGCAAACACCAGGAAAUAGAAGCUAUUUUCUACAUCAGAAAUUCUGAACAUCUUUGUAAAAGAAAAAAAACACUGCAGUUAGAAUUAAGUACAUUCUUUAAGUACAUGGAAGCUUUUCAGCAUAUAUGAGCAAACAAACUUUAAACAAAAUUGAUCCUUUUAACUACACAAUCUUUUUAAACAUUACUUGUGGUUCCUCAUUAAAAAGUAUGCUAAGAACUUAUACUUACAACAGCAAAACAGCAUACAGAAAAACACCACCUAUGCCUCCCUUAGAGAAACAGCACAGACUAACUAAAGCUGUUUUAGCUGUUCCUCUGAGGAAGGCUCACUGAAUGAACUUCAGGACUCAAAUUAGCAGUGGGCUCACUUGCUGGAAAACCAGCUUUACGAGGCACACCUGCUGCUGCCUGCCUCUCAGCUCACAGGCUGAAAGGUGCAAUAAAGUGUAAAUCAAGUGUCAAUCUCCAACUUUUUAGCCCUCCUACUUCUUUUCUUGCUUAUUUCUUGCAGCUGCUAAAUGAAUUUACUGGAAUUUCAGCGCAUCCUGAAGUCUUACUGUGAUCCUAUCCUUAUUUUUAAAUCAGUGAGCAAAAUAAUGAAAUAGCUCACUGCUGUGUAUGAUCUCAGGUACUUGGGAUGUUUCUCACUUCUAUUGGUAGUUCUUUCUUUCUUUCUUUUCCCAAGUGUGCUAAACUUUCAGGCAGUAGCAGAUCUUGCCUAGUUUUUCCUGCAGCAGCUUGAGCAGAGAACUUGGAAACUGUACAGAGAUCUUACAGCAUUUUAAAGUGAGGCAAAAUUUGAAGCAUGUUGGGUUGAUGGUGAAGCAGAGAGUUUCUGUGUUGUUGUCUGCUCUGCACUUGGUUCUGUGAACAAAUAGGUUUUGUCAUAAAAACUGUUAACUCAGCAUUUUUUUUAGUGUUAAAUUCUCAAACAAAUAGGUUUGCGUUUUAACACUGUGGAUCUUUAGGUAUGUUCUGUAUAAAUAAAUGGAAAUAGAAUAGGUCAAUAUAAUGUUGUGCCCAGUAUGUGCUAACCACACAGUGGGGCAGACUUCUCUAAGUACUUGGAGAAAUGCCACCUCUCAGUCUGACACAGGUUAUUUCAGCAAUUCUGGAAAAAAGUAAGAAAUGCUCUUACAGAUGUUUUGCAACUGAAAUCCAAAAUGUGAAAGUGCACUGACAUUCCUGUUCCGUGUUUUGUGGAAAAACUGCUAAAUAAAGGUAAAAACUUCUCAUCACCAUCCAGCAACAUCAACACAGACCAUGGCACUGACAUGAUCAGUUCUGGUUUGACUAGCUGAUAGGUGUUUUUUACUAGACACACUUUCUUCCAGGAAUAAAGCUGAUAAUAAUACAGAGGUAACAAUGCUGAGAUCAAAAAAUCCUACUGAAGAUCUCUUCUCUUCUCUUUUCUCUAUCUUUGGGAGAUUUAUAUAUACAGGAAGAUUUCAGACUUCCUGAUAUGAAGAGAAAACCUCCCACAUUAAACCCAUGUUUUUUCAUAUCCUGACAGGAACAAGUGACCUCUACUCGGGAGGUUCGUCUGGGUGACCCUUGUUCUUUAUGCUGCUGUACAACUGGUGGGGUAGGCACUAUGCAGUCAUGGGGGGCAAAUGAUCCCUCCACUAAAGACCUUACAAUCUAAACUAAGAAAGGUUGAGUAAGAAAUGGGCACAGAGAGAAGUGCUUCACUCAUAAGGUCUGAAAUAUAAACUAGACUCCUGAUACUUACAUUUUGAAUAGUCUCAUUGACAUACUUGGCCUCCUCUUCACAUUCUUUCAAGUGACAAAUGCUACUCACUGCUUUUUGGAGAUGUCUUGAAUUUCGGGGAGUGCAGUUAAGCUGUUAAUUAUUCUGCACAAGCACAAACUCUUGCAAUAUCUCAAAAUAUCUCUGGUAUCUUGUAAUAGCUCUAAAAAUUCAGUAAUAUCUAAUUUAAAAAAUAAUGCUUUUAACAGGUCCUUCCCUUUGUAUUCUUUCACCACAGGUGGAAUCACAGUGUCAUGCAACAACUGAAUCAGACUGUGCUUUUUGUGUUACUUUACUCAUCUUUCAAGAAAUAUCUGUAUCUUGCUGUGAGACCAUGAUUCAAUGAUGUGCGGGAUUUGGCAGCCUGAAUUCCCACCCUCUUCUUUUGCUUGGUGUGCAGUUUAGAUACAUGUGAUUCAGGGCUCAUCUUUGCUGAGCUACAUUGUGUUUUGCCUAGGGCUUCACUGUGGACUGAGAGAGAUAAGCUUUGAUAGACCUGGUUGCAAUGAUUUCCCACCCAUUUCCAGAACGUAAUUGUUAGUCCUAAAAUGUCUGUCAGUUCUGAUAACCUGGUGCAUCAGGUAGAGCUAUUUAUUUGCCCCUAAACAGGACUUCUACCUCUAGAAGCAAGCUUUGUUUCAAACAGCAACUGCAUUUGUUGUUUCAGCAGUGUAACACAGAAAAUACUCUUAUUCUAGUAGGAUUCCUAUUUUCUGCAUGCUGGGACUAAAAUACAUGUUAUUUAAGGGUAAAGUGUUCUUCAUAUACAGGACACAUAGGCAGAUAUUGAAGACAAACAUUUUCAGUUUGACAAGUGUUAAUGAAGCAGAGUUCUUAAGUCACUUAACUUCUCUUGAAAAAUUUCUGAGGUUUCCAGUUUGGCCUUUAACAAUAUCUUCUUCUAUAUAAGUUAUACGUUUUGUACAUAAAUAUGUGUAUUUAUAUAUAAAUAUAUAAAUCCCCUCUCCCCGCAUGGGUAUGCAUGGAUGAGGGCAACAACCCAAAGAAUCUGUUCAUUUUACAGACUUUGCUCGCGCAGGUUGGCCACUUCAUCUCUCAGGUAAAUGGAGCAGGCUGUUUCAGUCACUGACACCUGACUGUCUGAUUAUCACUGAGUUGUUCAGUUUAACUUGCCUUUUUCCUUACUCUCAGUUCUGUCUACUGUUUACAAUGAAAUGUCAGCAUCCAGCUGCUCAGCAACAGCAUGUAUUUCUUUCUAGCUCCAUGGGUGAGACUGUGUGACAAAUGUACUACUCAGCCAAGACGAGAUGACUACAUGCGUAAUGUUUUGCAUAGUUUGUAGCCCUCUAGGUAACUUCCUGACAAAGACAAAAAUCCUCUUUGCCAAGUUCAGGGGGUGGAAGAAAAGGUCAGAUGACUCCUUGGCCUUUGAUGUUUCUGUCAUUACAGAAAGGUAAGCCUUGUGAGGUACGUUCAGCAGUAUCUGCUUCUCUAAAAAGCUGUACAGCUUCUGCUAACGUGCAUUGUAAAUACCUGUACUUAGCUGGUCAGUUCUCUUUUCUAGCCUGAAAGUCAGAGAAAACUGUUUUCCAGGUCUAUUUUUCAGUUAGACUCUUUUUCCUAGUGUCUGCCCCAGACUUUUCCAUUAUUGAAAAAAAAAGUGUACCCUCCUAUGGUUUCAGAAGUAAUACCUCCUCUGUGAUGUUUACAACUUUAAAAUAUUUGUUGAUUUCUAUUAUUUCAUGAUGCUUUUAAAAAUCCUUUACCUUAUAUAACAUUUUUAACUUUUACUUAACAGAUAAACACUUUCUGUCACACAUUCAUUUUUACCCUUCAGAUUUCUUCUCCUCUACCAGUACAUCUCUGAGAACACUAGUGCCUGGACCUGACUGUAGCAGUGAUAACACCACAGUCCUCAAGUAAGAACUCAUCAUCCAUAUUAAUAUCUGCUUCUGACUGAGGUUAUCGAUCAUCUGGCAAGAAGGUGACGUUGUAUUGCAGACGCACUCAUAGAAGUCUCAGGGUUGAUGUUGAUAUAUUCGGAAGGUAUUCACCUGGCUAAUGGGGUGCAUAUUCAAGUGUGUCCACCUUUCAAUCACUUCUCUGACUUCUUGCAAGACUGCGGGUUUCCCUCAGGAGUCAUCAGACCUUCUACUUCUCCAUCUACGGAGCUGACAAGAGAUCCCUUCAGAUUCCUCCGCCCUGCCACAGAAGGGGAGGGAACCUUCACUCUGAAGAUUUAAAAAGGGACCCCCAAAACCACUAGGAGAUCUUGUAACACUCUGUCCCAAGUAAGAAGACUGAAGAUUUGCAACUGAAAUAAGUAUGAAGGGAGUACGUACACUGACAGCAUCUGUGAUGGCCCUAUUCCUUGCAGCAUCCUUCAUAUCUUUCUCCUGGAGUGCUCCUCAGGCCCAUUUCCAAAGGAGAAACUGGACACCUCAGGCUAUGCUCUAUUUAAAGGGUGCACAGGGACGUCGAUUCAUCUCAGAUGAAAGCCAGCAAAAGGAUCUGUAUGACAGAAUGCAGCUUGAAACACGCAGCCAAAACACAAAUCCUUUAUCUCUUCCUGAAGCUGCAGCCCUAUUUCUUAAUUCCUUACAGAAAGCACAAGAAGAAGUUAAAGAAGAAACCAGUGAUCACCCUGGAUACUUGACAGACAAUCUAUCAAAUUGGUGAAAUAUUUCAAAUUUCUUUAGCAUUCAUAUGCUGAAAUCAUGUUUUGUGUGACCAGAAUAUUUCAUUUCUUCCAUCUCCACUUAAGUUCCCAAAGAAUGAUGUAUACAUCCAUUCCAAUAUUUUGAAAACAAACUGAUUAAAAGUUACCAGUUCAACUAAGAAAUCAUUUGCAGUUCCAGUCUUUUUUAGACCAUUUUGCAUGUGCCACCCAAAAUUUAAAAUCUGCUGUACCGUCUUCACUGAAAGGAUGAUUAAAAUUGUCUUUCUAGACAACUAUUUCAUUAAAAGCAAUUUUCAAAGAUCACUGGAAAGCCUUUUACCACUUUCCACCUAGGUCUAUUUUAAAGCCUUUCGAUUUCUGACAUAGACAGACUCCUUCACCACUUAAUUUUUGGCCCUUAUUUUCUUGAUAGUCCAAAUAAGUCACUGAGAUAUUAGAAGAAUCCUGCUAUUCUUGGCAGCAAAGCAGGUGAUUUCUUCUGGGGCAACCUGUCACCACAGAGAAUAGGCAACAGCCCUUACUGAGACUUCAGUGCUGCCCCAGUUACACACAUUCUCAAAUGUAUACCCUGAACAAUCUUAUUGAACAACUUCCACCACAUAAAGACAGCGUGUGGAUAGCUCUUACCAGCAUCAGGGCUUGAUUAAUGACUGUGGUAUACGGUUACUGCUGUUGUCGGGAGAUACAAUACUGCUGAAGCUAGUGGUGGUGCACUAGUUAUGAACCUAGCGUGAUGCAUGAAACAGGCACAUAGAAUAUUCAUUGUAACAUUAUUGUACUUUUUGUGGGUUUAGGUUUUGAGCUGCAAAAUUGGAAUUACACAUAAAUUGGUUAAUUAUCAUUCCAUGCUGAUAAGGAUAUAUUUAACAUUAUUUAUGUAGUUUUGUGGUAUUACUGGAAAGCCUUCUGUAGUUCUCAUGUAAUUAAAAAGUAGCCACAUGA